AUGCAGGUAAAGAAACAGUCUAGUCCCGAGUAUGCCUACUAUGACAAGAUGGCGGAACUUAAGCGUAAAAUGCCUGUGCCCUGGAUGUACUUGGCGGGCUCUUGUAUUUUGUGGAUGUUCUUAGCUUGGGCCAUGUACAGAGGCGUGAUCUAUGGAUUGAUCUAUAUGCGACUUGACGAUUCCGAUUUACAAGGAUUUUGCGAAGGAGAGUUCAGCGAAGAUCCCACCGAAAAUUUUGACCGGCUGCAAGACGUUCCAAAAGGAGACGCCUGGUCGAUCCUGCCAGCCUUGGGCCUGAGUGCCAAGAAACGGCCAAAGCAAGAAAGCGCGGAAGUGCGGAACUCUUUAUCGGAAACUACGAAAGACGCCUUUCCACCAAUCGUCACGGCUGUAACGUCCGAUGAUUUCCUAGCUGUUCAGGGAUUGGUCCAUCAAAUAAAGACGCAGAUAAGGCCGAUGUACAAAGACAAAUCUGAUAUAAAGUUUAUAAUCUACCAGAUGUCGCUUACCGGUAGUGAAGUGAACGUGCUAUCCCGUCAUUGUGACUGUAUUGUGAGGUCUGUGGAGGAAACAAAGUUUCCCACUCAUGUCUUGGAUUGGUCCAUUUACUCUUGGAAGGCCGUACUUAUACAACUUGUUCUGAAGGAGUUCGGCUCAGUGCUAUGGAUGGAUCCCUCGUCUCGCCUGUUCCCGAACUAUCUCUACCGUGCCGUGGCCUUAGCUGAACAGAGAGGCUAUGUCCUGUGGCCAGAAGAAUCCCAAAGCACUGUACUGGCCAUGACAAACCCCGAUACGUUCAAGUUCUACAAGGAGUACAGGUGCACCUUCAAAGACACCCUUAUCAUUGAUUCCAGCGCCAUGUUGUUUCAUGGUAAAGACUUGACAUUGCGCGGAAUAAUGACGCCGUGGUUGAAGUGUGUGCUGACGAAGUCUUGCGUGGCGCCUCCGCAGUCGCGUCGUGACGACUGUCUCACAUCGAGGCUGCCGCUGUACACAGGUUGCCACAGAUAUGACCAGUCAGCGCUUAGUAUCGUCGUCAACAGACUUCUUGUCUUCUCUGAAAAUACUGAAAAACUUGUACCCAAAUUCAGACUCGCCGAGCGAGUCAAUCUACUGGAGGAAUAUUUUCCAGAACGUCCUUGGACGCGAAAGCACAGAGACUACGCUAUUUAUGCAGCAAUUGCCUUUGUUUUCUGUAUGUUUUUCAUAUCCAUAUUUGGUACGUUCUUCCUGGAAUGUUUAGGUUAUCGGUUUAGAACGAAGAAAUCUGGUUCAAAUGUAUGA